CUCUCACACACACACACACACACUUUCGCACAGCUGACAGCAGUCUGAAAGUCUUCACAAGCCAAAGUAGUUCAGUCGUAGAGCCGUAGGUUGGAGUUUACAGUUACAGCAGAUCUCAACACAGAGAUAUUCAACAUAAAUCUUUGGUGUUUCCCAGGAUGGUGGCUGACGAGGAAAAGACAAACUCUUGUGGAACGCUAUGCCUUAAAUACCUGCUGUUUACCUUUAAUCUGCUUCUCUGGUUGUCUGGAGGUACCGUGAUGGCUGUGGGACUCUGGACUCUAGUGGAUAAGAGCGACUACAUUAGUCUUCUGUCCUCCAGUACAUAUUCAAUCGCUGCCUACAUUCUGAUCGCAGCCGGAGCUGUUGUCAUGCUCACCGGAAUCCUCGGCUGCUGCGCCACCAUUAACGAGAAUAAAAGACUUUUGAUAGUGUUCUCUGUACUGCUGGUGUUGAUCUUCCUGCUGGAGAUCACUGCUGGAGCUCUGGCCUAUUGGUAUUAUCAAGCGUGUUUUCCUUUCUGCUAUAAGCUGAAUGAUGAGCUGAGUGCAGACCUGAAAGAAACCAUGGUGCAGAAGUACCAGCAGCCGGAUCAAGAUCACAUCACCAGAGCUGUGGACAAACUCCAAUAUGAGCUGAAGUGCUGUGGCAGUUACAGCUCGGCAGAUUGGCGGGACGGAGCCUGGAUACGCACGUUUGCUGACACACGGAUUGUGCCUGACAGCUGCUGUAAGACUCCUACUGCUGGCUGUGGAGCGAGAGACCACCCAUCCAAUAUCUACAAAGUAGAGGGUGGAUGCAUUUCUAAAUUAGAGGAGUUUCUUUAUCAGCACUUGCUGAUUUUAGGUGGUGUUGGUGUCGGGAUUGCAUUCCUACAGGUUUUUGGAAUGCUCUUCACAUGCUGUCUGUAUCGGAGUUUAAAAGAAGAGCCUUACUGAAGAUCGUGCAUCUAGUACUCAAACACUAUAUACAGUAUACAUACAUAUAUAUUUAUACACGGUUCUCACACAUUUUACUUCUGCUUUUACCUUCACCUUCUGCUGCUAUGCAAUGUAAAUAUUUUGUGUUAAGUGGUGAAGGACAGCAGACCAUAACAAAAUACUUUGGCUGCAGGGCAGUCAGUUGUGUGACCGAUGAAGAACCAGUUCGUUUUAUAAUACCGGUUCUUCAUAUAAUAUUGACUGACUCAGCCUUGAAGUGUGUGAUAGCCAUCGGAUGAGACGUAAUCAUUGCAUCAGCUACAAUACUUCACAUAGUGCAAUUCCUGAAAUUAAAUAUAAAUCCAUCUUAGUCUGUCCAGCUACCAGCAUUAUAAAAAACACAGGCCAAACCUUGGUAAGCCAUAUUUGCCAUCUGAUGGUAAGCUAUUUUUUCCCCCAGCUUCCUUAUUACUUGACUACAUUACUGAAUGCAUCAGAUUUUAGAUGUUCUACUUGCUGUAGCUACUGUUGUGUUCUUUUCUCACAGACAACUUGUUUAUGAGGGGGGGCACGGUGGCUUAGUGGUUAGCACGUUCGCCUCACACCUCCAGGGUCGGGGGGUCGAUUUCCACCUCUGCCUUGUGUGUGUGGAGUUUGCAUGUUCUCCCCGUUCCUCGGGGGUUUCCUCCGGGUACUCCGGUUUCCUCCCCCGGUCCAAAGACAUGCAUGGUAGGUUGAUUGGCAUCUCUGGAAAAUUGUCCGUAGUGUGUGAGUGUGUGAGUGAAUGAGAGUGUGUGUGUGCCCUGUGAUGGGUUGGCACUCCGUCCAGGGUGUAUCCUGCCUCGAUGCCCGAUGACGCCUGAGAUAGGCACAGGCUCCCCGUGACCCGAGGUAGUUCGGAUAAGCGGUAGAAAAUGAAUGAAUAAACUUGUUUAUGAUGUUGUAUUACUUACCAAGCCUGACUGGUUCGGCCUGUGUUUCGGUACCUGGUACCAAACUGAGAUGAUUUCUAUAGCAGGAUACGUUUCUAAGAGUGAGCAGGCAUUGCACACCACAUAUUUAAGUAAAGAGUUAACAUUAACCUUCCAUUCAAGGAUAUUGCUUUGCUUUACUUCUACUCAAAUCUGUUUAAAAUGCAAUUGAACUGGAUUGUGUACUGUAUAACCACAUCACACAUGUAAGCUUGGAUUGUAUCAUCAUGUUAUAAUGUUAUAUAUAUAUGAAAGCUUUUGUUAAGUGAAUAUAUAUUUUAAUUAUAUAUUGUGAAAUAACA